AUGGCAACCCCUCCGACACUAAUCCACAUCCAAGGCCGCGCCACCAUCACCACGACUGCUCAGCGAGCAGUGCUCAAUCUAGCCGCCUCCGACACGGGUUCAGACAAGGAUCAAGUCUCAAGCCACGUGGUGUCGACCGUGACCGACAUCCAAAGCGAACUAGACGAGUUAUGUCCGCGACUGGAAAACGGCGAGAUAUCACCCAACGCACCUGUGGACUUCUACUCGAUCGCCUCGCUCUCCAUCUCCGCGACGGACGAAUACGACGAUGACGGCGUCCGCCUCGAGAAAAAGCUCUACAGCGCCAGCUCCAACAUCGCCAUCCACUUCCGCGACUUUGGCCGUCUGGGACAGAUGGUCGUCCGCCUGUCGAGUAUGCCGUACGUCGAGCUGCGUGGUAUUGAUUGGCAAUUGGCCGACGAAAAGAAAACGGAGCUCGACGAGGAGGCUAGGCGCAAGGCGCUGCGGCAUGCCAUGUCCCGCGCACGGGCCUAUGGAGCUAUCAUCGGCAGGGACAAAGUCACUUGUAUCAAGAUUGAGGACUUGGAGGAAUCAUGGCCUGCGAGACGGGUCAAGCAGACUGCUCGCAUGGCUAGUAGCUCUGCGACGUUUGAGGUCGGUGCGGGAAUUGACUUCGAGCCGCAGCUUGUCGAUGUCAGUGCUACGCUAUCUGUCGAAUUUCACGCCGAGUAG